AUGUCAAAGCUGAAUUUCAAAGGAUCAACAUCCGCGAGAUUCGUCAAAAAUGACAAAAUCACAAAGUAUAAAACAGAACGACCACGACAAGAAAUACCUGUUGAUCCCUAUGUUGCCAACAAUCCCAUGCUUAACGAUGCUCACCAGAAGCGUGAAUUGGUCGAACGUAUAGACAAGCUCGAUUCCAUCAUGGGGUUUGAUCGGUUUGAACAUGGCGAGCACGACGGAGCCAAACCUAGAAAGGGGUGGUUGGUCAACAUGCAUGCUACUACUAUACCUAGUGACCAGUACUUGACUGGGUAUUCUGGAGUAGACUACUACUUUUUAGACGAGGAAGGUGGAAGUUUUAAAGCCACGUUGCAAUACGAUCCUUAUUUCUUUGUUGAGGUGCUUCCGGGCCAUGAAUCAGAAGUGGAAGAGUGGGCAAAGAAGUUCUUGGAAAGCUGCAAUGUCAAGAGUUUGACGAGGGUGCUGAAAGAAGAUUUGGCAUUACCUAACCAUUUGCUUGGAUUGAAGAAAAAUCUUAUCAAAUUGACCUUUCAUAAUGUUUCCGAUUUGCUAGGCGCAAGAAGGUUGUUAUCUCCUAUAAUAAAGGAAAACCAAAUGAAACGAGAUUCACGAGAAAUUUAUAAGGUUAUGAAUUUUAGCAAUGGCCACACAAACGAAGAAUCAACCAACACCACUGAUCCUUCUACUUUCCUAGACGAUAUCAAAGAAUAUGAUGUUCCGUACCAUGUCAGAGUAUCCAUAGACAAACAAAUACGAGUAGGUAAAUGGUAUGAUGUUUUUGCUAAGCACUCAAAAGUUCAUCUUGUGGAAGAUAAAGAAAAGAUUGCAUUUGCUGAUCCAGUGGUAUUGGCAUUCGAUAUAGAAACAACCAAAGCACCUUUGAAAUUCCCCGACGCCAAGAUCGAUCAGAUUAUGAUGAUUUCAUACAUGAUUGACGGAGAAGGGUUCUUAAUCACCAACCGAGAAAUUAUUUCUGAAGAUAUAGAAGAUUUCGAAUAUACCCCGAAACCAGAAUAUCCCGGGUUGUUUACUAUCUUCAACGAACCGGAUGAAAAGCACGUGUUGUUGAGAUUCUACGAACAUAUUCGUGAUGCAAAACCAACCGUGAUUGCGACAUUUAACGGUGAUUUCUUCGAUUGGCCCUUUGUGGAAACCAGAUCCAGAUUCCAUGAUUUAGACAUGUUUGAUGAAAUUGGAUUUGCCAAAGAUAACGAAGGAGAAUAUAAAUCGAAAUACUGUGUACACAUGGAUUGUUUCCGAUGGGUCAAGAGAGAUUCAUAUUUGCCUCAAGGUUCGCAGGGUUUGAAAGCAGUUACUACAGUCAAAUUAGGAUACAAUCCUACUGAACUUGAUCCAGAAUUAAUGACGCCGUAUGCAUACGAAAAACCACAAUUGCUUUCUGAAUACUCCGUUUCCGAUGCUGUGGCUACCUAUUACUUGUAUUACAAAUAUGUUCAUCCGUUCAUCUUUUCCUUGUGUACCAUUAUCCCAUUGAACCCAGAUGAAGUGUUGAGAAAAGGUACUGGUACCUUGUGUGAAAUGUUGCUUUCGGUUCAAGCAUAUGAAAACAAUAUCUUGUUGCCUAACAAACAUUCUGAUCCUAUUGAACGAUUUUAUGAUGGCCAUUUGUUAGAAUCGGAAACUUAUGUUGGUGGACAUGUUGAAUCGUUGGAAGCGGGUGUUUUCCGAAGUGAUAUCGCCACUGAUUUCAAAAUAGAUACUGCUGCCAUUGAUGAAUUAUUGAGAGAUUUGCAUAAUUCUAUCAAAUUUUGUGUUGAGGUUGAAAAUGGCAAGAAAUUGGAAGAUGUCGAAAAUUUUGAUCAAGUAUAUAAGGAAAUCGAAUCCAAAUUACUAGAAUUGAAACUGAAUCCGUCAAGAAAAGAAACUCCGUUGAUUUAUCAUGUGGAUGUGGCGUCAAUGUAUCCUAACAUCAUGACUUCAAACAGAUUACAACCAGAUUCCAUGAAAUCGGAAGAAGAUUGUGCUGCCUGUGAUUUCAACCGGCCAGGAAAGAAUUGUGAUCGUAGAUUACCAUGGUCUUGGAGAGGUGAAUACUUCCCAGCCGAGAUGAAUGAAUACAAUAUGAUCAAGCGUACUUUACAAAGCGAAACAUUCCCUAAUUCAAGACUGUGGUUACCUCCAAGAACGUUUGAUGAAUUGUCAUACACUGAACAAGCAUCCUUGAUUAAAAAGAGAAUAUCUGAUUAUUCCAGAAAAGUCUACCACAGAGUCAAACAAAGUAAAGUUGUCACUAGAGAAGCAAUCAUUUGUCAACGAGAAAAUCCAUUUUAUGUCGAUACAGUCAGAAGUUUCCGUGAUCGUAGAUAUGAAUUCAAAGGAUUGGCCAAAGUAUGGAAGGGUAAGGCAUCAAAACUUGAUGGUGCUGAUAAAGACGAAGCUAAGAAGAUGGUUGUUCUUUAUGACUCCUUGCAAUUAGCCCAUAAGGUUAUUUUGAACUCUUUCUAUGGGUACGUCAUGAGAAAAGGGUCGCGUUGGUAUUCUAUGGAAAUGGCCGGUGUUACAUGUCUUACUGGUGCCACCAUCAUUCAAAUGGCCCGUGCAUUAGUGGAAAGAAUAGGAAGACCUUUGGAAUUAGAUACCGAUGGUAUUUGGUGUAUUUUGCCUAAAUCAUUCCCCGAGAAUUUUAAUUUGAAAUGUAAGGAUGGCAAGAAGAUCUUUUUGGAAUAUCCUUGUUCCAUGUUGAAUUAUUUGGUUCAUCAAAGAUUCACGAAUGAUCAAUAUCAAGAUUUGGUUGAUCCAGAGACUUUCAAAUAUAGUACUCGUUCUGAUAAUUCUAUUUUCUUCGAAGUUGAUGGUCCUUACAAAGCAAUGAUUUUGCCAACUUCUAAAGAAGAAGGUAAGGGGUUGAAGAAAAGAUAUGCUGUUUUCAACCAUGAUGGUUCCUUGGCUGAAUUGAAAGGGUUCGAGUUGAAAAGAAGAGGUGAAUUGCAGUUAAUCAAGAAUUUCCAAAGUGAUAUUUUCAAAUUGUUUUUGGAAGGUAACACCUUAGAAUCGUGUUAUCAAGCAGUGUCUACAGUUGCCAACAACUGGUUAGAUGUAUUAGACACAAAAGGUGGAAUGUUGGAAGACGAGGAUUUGAUUGAACUUAUUUGUGAAAACAGAAGUAUGUCUAAAAGUUUGGCCGAAUAUGGAGAUCAGAAGUCUACUUCGAUUACAACUGCUAAAAGAUUGGGUGAAUUCUUGGGUGAAGAAAUGGUUAAAGACGCAGGGUUAGCCACCAAAUACAUUAUCAGUGCCAAACCAAUAGGAGCACCAGUCACUGAAAGAGCUAUUCCCGUGUCGAUCUUCUCCCUGGACAAAAAGGCAAUAUUCUUGAAGAAAUGGUUAAAGGAUCCUUCAUUAUCUAAUUUCAGUCCUAGAGAUGUUAUUGAUUGGGAUUAUUAUAGAGAAAGAUUGGCUUCGGUUAUUCAAAAGAUUAUUACAAUCCCUGCAGCAUUGCAAAAUGUUAAGAAUCCAGUUCCAAGAGUUCAACAUCCAGAUUGGUUGAAAAGAAAAGUCACUAUUCGUGAGGAUUCCAAGCAACAAAGUUCAAUCGCAACUUUCUUUGGCAAGAGUUCCAAAUCAGAAAUAAUGGAGAAACAAGUCAAGGAUAUUGAAGAUUUUGGUGAGGCUGAUUAUUCCAUGAAGAGUAAAGUUGGAAAAGUCACAUCAAAAAAGAGAAGAGCUGGUAGAGCCAACUUGGUAGCUGAUACUGAAGAAGAAGAAAGAAAUCUUGCCAUCUUGAACGGACCAUGCCCAUCAAUGACAGAAGAUUAUCAAGGGUUCUUGGCUUACCAGAAAGCAAAAUGGACAAUGCAAGAAUCUAAUCGUGAAAGAAGAAGAAAAUUGUUUGGAUCUAAUGCUGAAAGUUCGCAAAGAUCAACCGUGGGAAGCAUGAUUAGAAAACAGGCCGAGAAUGUUGCUGGUUCAAAUUGGGAAAUCUUGCAAUAUAAAGAGGAUCCUACUAAGCCUGGGAAUUUGAAAGUAUAUGUUCUGGCUGGUAAUAAAUUACACUCGUUUACAUUUUGUAUUCCAAAGAAAGUCUAUGCAUCAUUCAAGACAGAACUUUCCGAAAGAAGAUUGAAUGUUGCUGGAUGUGACGUUGAAAAGUCCAAUGCUAUUCUUCCAAAUGGCCAUGAUGCCACCAAUUUGUACAAGUUUACUAUGCCCCAAUCUACGUAUCAGGAACAAAUGACUGAUGUCGAUAGUGUGUUACAAGACACCAACAUUUUAGGACUUUAUGAAACCCAAGUUGGACCAGUAGAACGAGCUAUUAUUGAUUUAGGAAAUGUUGUCAAGUUUGAUGAUACCAGAGUAGGAGCAUUAGGUAAAGGUUUGAAGAACGGGUUUAAUGUGAAGGAUUUGGUUAAAGUUGACACUGAUGCAUAUUUGAGAAGGUUUGAAAUGGAUAUGGUUUAUUUGUUGCAUAUUGUCACAAACAGUUAUGAAUUCUUUACUGUUUUCAAGACUUGGGAACCACAAGCACAAAUCUUUGUCUUGAAACCUUCUGCUUCUGCUCAAGAAUUGCCUGCCAAUAUUGAUAGAAUUUAUCGUGAAAUUUACGAAGCUAAAAAGGAUAAAUUGGGUAAGGUCAACAAUAUCAUUGAUUAUCCUAGCGAAAUGUCAUUUGAAACUGUCUAUUACCAUGACAAUGCCAAGUUAUUCAAAAAACUUAAUCAAGUCCUUGGUAAGAUUAAUGAAAGUAGAAGCAAUACCGCUUUACUUGCUAUUCAAUCGCCUUAUGCAUCUCGUUUAUUAAAUGUCUUGACAUCAACUGUUGAUUUCCCUACCAUUAGAAUGAAUAUUAGUGAACUUGCUUUGCCUGCACUUGGUUGGCAAGCCUUGAUUUCCAAACGUGUGAUUAACCAUUACUUUGUUUUGGCUUCCUGGGUUAAGAAUUUGAUUUCAUUGUCCAAAUAUGGUGGGGUUCCACUUUGUAAUUUACAGAUUGAAAAUGUUGGAUAUUUGAUUGACAUUGCAUAUGCCAGGAGAUUAGUUCAAGGUAAUAUUGUGCUCUGGUGGUCAUCCAAACCAUUAGCUGAUCACGGUGGAUUUGAGUUUGAUAAGGUAACAGAUUAUGAAAACUUGGAAUUCCCCACCAUUAAUAAUCCAGAGAUAUAUGAAACUGCAUGUUUAGAGGUUGAAAUUGGAACUUUGGAAAUCAAUACCAUUCUUACCAGUUCUUUGAUUAACGAAGCUGAAGGAACUGAUUUGGCAGAUGAUGCAGUUAGGUUUGACAAUAAUAAUGGAGCUUCAAGUUUUGCUGAGGAUUCAUUUUCUGCACCUGCUUUGGCAAUCUUGAGAUCUAUGGUUAAGGAUUGGUGGGAUGAUGCAUUAAAGAACAAUAUUAAUGCUGAUUCAAUGAUGAAUAACUUGGUGACUUGGGUUCAAAGAAAGGAUUCGUUUUUGUAUGAUUAUGAUUUGCGUUAUCAUGUUCAUAAUUUGACUUCAAAGGCACUUUUACAAUUGAUUGGGGAAUUCAAGCGAAUGAAUGCUCAUGUCAUAUUUGCCAAUAGAAACAAGAUGUUGAUUCAAACUUCAAAAGUGUCAGUGGAAAACUCUUAUGCAUAUGGCCAAUAUAUUCUCAAAGCGGCUAGAUCGAAGCCUUUGUUUAAUUUCCUUGAUUUGAAGAUUGUCAAGUAUUGGGAUCUCUUGAUUUGGAUGGACGAAUUUAAUUAUGGUGGACGCUGUUGCACUGAAAUCACCAACGAAGAAAUGCAGAAUUUAGUUCCUGAAAAUCAAUGGCAGUUGAAGAAGUACUUGCCUGUUAUCUUCCAGAAUGAGUUUGAAGAUUGGCUAGUUAUAUUCUUGGAUGCUCUUUCCAAACACAAGAUUGAGACAUUGACUGGAGGUGGCACGCAAACUGGAACACCUCGAGUGACCCAAAUUAUGCAUAUUCUUAAAGGUCAAAAGAACCUUGAAGCUAAGGAAACCGAAGAAGAAGAUAUCACUAAUGGUGUUAUUGAAUUGUUUAGAAGACCACUUGAAAAGAGAAUGGAGAAGUUGUACCGCCGUCAGAAUGAAGCUAUUCUUAAUCCCGAGUUCAAGAAAGAAUACGAGUUUCCAAAAUUGGUGGGAUCUCAUUUACAUCUUCGAAAUCCAGCUUUGGAAUUGGUUAAGUUUUUGUGUGCUAUAUUUGCAUUAUCACAAAAGAGAAAUAUCGAAGUGAGAUUGUUAAGAAAGGAAUUGUUACAAUUGUUUGAUAUCAAGGAAUUCAGCAAGGAGGCAUCUUUUAGAAAUCCAAGUGCUUCAUUGAAGUUACCCCACGUUAUAUGCGACUACUGUAAUUAUGUUAGAGACAUUGAUUUAUGUCGCGAAGAAGAAAUCAAUAUUUGGCAUUGCGUUCAAUGUCAUAAGCCAUACAACAAGAUAGCCAUUGAAGAAGAGAUAAUUGCCCAAUUUAACAAAACACUCACCAAGUUUUACAACCAGGAUUUGAAAUGUUCUAAAUGUAAUCAAAUUAGAGCUGGUAAUUUGGAUUUGUUUUGUAAAUGUUCUGGAAACUGGACGGAGACCGUGUCUCAUCACGAUGUUGAAAAGAAGCUUAUGGUGUUUGAGAACGUUGCCAGUGUUUUCAAUUUACAAUUGUUGAAGGGAUUAAUAGAGGAAUUGUAUUAG